GUGAAGAAGCAUACUGCAGUGAAUCUUGGUCGAGUGUGGACGCGUUCGUUCGGGUGUUCUCUUUCGGUCCCAGCACUUAUUCCAGAACAGAGCAGAUUUUGCACCGGAUAACCCGCUUUUCACAGCCCACCGUGAUCCGCUUUUUCCCUGGUCGCAGCAUCCCGCUGAGAGAAGCACCUACUGGACGUACCUACGAGUGAGGAUUAAUCGUUCCGCAUUAAAUCAGUGCGUCCCCCGGGUUGCGUGUGUGUGAAUGUGCUCAUCCUCGGAUCACAGCGCCGUUGAAAAUUACACCCGAAAAUCUAAUUCGGAGCAGUUCGAUCUGUGAACGCGAAGGUUCAGAUAAUUAAGAGUUAACGGCUGCCGGACAACUUUCGGGGUCCUCAGGGCAACAUCAUUAGUAACCUAGCAGCGUUGAUUGGCCAGGCGGGAGUGUGAAAAUUGUCCCCUGGAGGGGAGGACAGCAGCAAUAAGUGUGACAGCGAACCCUUGGGAAAUUAAUCAUCGCACAACAAAACCGUCGCUGGACAGUGUCAAACGGAUCGCCGGAAAAGCCCCAGAAAAACCGACGAUGGAUAGCACCGGGAAUAAGAAGAACACCGUGUCGGAGUUCAGCUACAUGUUGCAGAGACAAGGUAGCGAUGACUCAACCGAAGCGGCCGCCUUCGACGAUAUCAACUCACUGAUGAAGAACAACGAGGGCUCCAAAGAGGAAACUCUGUCGUCACUUCCGCAAGCUUCCUUUAACUACAUCAACUCCAUCGUCGGCAGCGGAGUGAUAGGAAUUCCUUAUGCGUUGCAUCGGGCCGGAUUUGGACUGGGGCUGUUCCUGUUGGUGAUUGUGGCGGUGAUUACGGACUACUCACUGAUUCUGAUGGUGCGGUGCGGCCAUCUCAGUGGAAGAUUCAGCUAUCCAGGAGUCAUGGAAGCUGCAUACGGCAAGGCCGGUUACUACCUUCUCUCACUGUUGCAGUUCAUGUAUCCAUUUCUCGCAAUGAUAUCGUACAACGUGGUCGUCGGUGACACGCUCUCCAAGGUGCUGGUGCGCCUGGUGCCCUCCUGGGGCAGCUCGAUGGGCCCGGUGCGCUUCGGCGUGGUGCUGGUCGUGACCGUGUUCGUCGUGAUACCACUCUGUCUGUACAAAAACGUCUCCCGGCUUGCGAAGGCGAGCUUCCUGAGUUUGGCGUGCGUCGUGAUUAUCCUGUUUGCCGUCGUGUACAAACUGCUGGCCGGCGAUUAUGCUGUCGUGCCAGACACACCGGAAUCGUGGCGAUUUGCCCACACUGAUCUGAUCCCGGCCGUGGGCAUCAUGGCAUUUGCGUUUAUGUGUCAUCACAACACAUUUCUGGUAUACCAAUCGAUGCGAAAUGCCACUCUGGAACGGUGGGAAAAGGUGACCCACAUUUCCGUGGGCUUCGCCUGGCUGGUGGCCGUCUGCUUCGGAAUCGCUGGAUAUUGCACCUUUCGGGCGCUUUCGCAAGGUGAUCUGCUGGAAAACUACUGCUGGGACGACGACCUGAUGAACUUCGCCCGGGUGCUGUUUUCCAUCUCGAUCCUGCUAACCUUCCCCAUCGAGUGCUUCGUGUCUCGUGAAAUCGUUCGAACACAAAUCAAACGGUUCUACUCCCAGGAGGUGGUGGAAUACGACACCGACAAGGAUCCCUCGCAUGCCACCGGUGCCGGUGAAGAGGACGAUAAAUCGGUAGCAACCACACUGGUCAUCGUGCUGGCGGCGUUUAUCAUCUCACCCUACACGGAAUGUCUGGGCCCGGUGCUGGAGCUAAACGGACUGCUGGCGGCGAUACCACUGGCCUACGUGCUUCCAGGGCUGGCAUACAUCCAGCUGAGUCCACAUUCACUGUUCAGUCAGGAAAAACUACCGGCAGCGGGGUUGGUACUGUUCGGAACUUUCGUGACCAUAUCCGGAGCGGCUCUGCUGGUGCCGAACCUCAUCGGAGACUGUCGGACGGGCAUCAUUAUGGGCUACUGUCGGGACGACGAGCUGGCAGUCAAUGGGACCAUGGCCGGGACAACGCCGUCAACUGAUUGCACUAGCGACGGAGUUUAAGGGACAGAUUGUUGAUUAGUUUUAUAUGGCAAUUGCUGGGUACAAAAAGUGCGACAAAUGUGUAAGCGGGCAAUCGGGGAUGUUCCCCGUUAAGCGAAUGAGGCAGGUUGCAUUUCGACGUAGGAUAACCUCCUUUACCAGAGAAUACGAAAUCAAAAAAACUAAAUUAAGCUUUUAUUAACAUUUUGUUGACAAUAUAUAUAUAUAACAUA